GGGCGUGGCAUGCUGGAGCUGCAGUCCCCAGGCUCUUGCCUGCGCUCCCAGCCCGGCCUCGGCCGGAGCCCGCGCGCGCCCCAACGCGAUUGGUUGGGCGCGCUCACGCGGCGGGGGGCGGGGCACAGCGGCUCCGCCCUCUCCUGCUUUGGCGCCAAAGAGCGCGGGCGGCGGCGGAGUGGCUGUGAGCGAGAUGAAUGGGGAUCAGCACAGCUCCUGCGGCCAGCUCAAUGGGUUUGGCAGUGAAAUGCUCUGUAAAAAACGGGAGGAUUAUUUGGAAUGGCCUGAAUAUUUUAUGGCAGUAGCUUUCUUAUCAGCACAAAGAAGCAAGGAUCCAAAUUCUCAGGUUGGUGCCUGCAUUGUGAAUUCAGAAAACAAGAUUGUUGGAAUUGGAUAUAAUGGGAUGCCUAAUGGUUGCAGUGAUGAUUUGUUGCCCUGGACAAGAACAGCACAGAGUAAGCUAGACACAAAAUAUCCUUACGUGUGCCAUGCUGAAUUGAAUGCCAUUAUGAACAAAAACUCAGCUGAUGUGAAAGGCUGCAGCAUGUAUGUUGCCUUGUUUCCAUGUAAUGAAUGUGCAAAGCUCAUCAUCCAGGCAGGUAUAAAAGAAGUUAUUUUUAUGUCUGACAAAUACCAUGAUAGCCCUGAAAUGACAGCUGCCCGUCGCCUGUUUGAUUUAACUGGAAUUAUAUACAGGAAAUUCAAACCAAAGUGCAAUAAGAUCAUCAUUGACUUUGAUUCAAUUAACGGCAGACCUAGUCAAAAGCCUCUGUGAGUUACGUCUCAUUAAAUCUCUAGAAGAUUGUGAUUAUCCUUUUCUGAGAAGCUGCUAAUGCCUUUCAUCUUGAAGUUACACAUAACUUUUUAAUAGCCACUACAGCCAAAGUAGACAUCUGAAGAAUGUAAGGCCUGAAAUUUUUCUCUGUCAGCCUUGUGGUACAGAAUCUACAUCUAAACUUUUGGUUGCUGCAUUUUUUUUCAAGCCUGCUUUAAAAUCUAGAACUGUAUAGAGGAAACAUAGCACUGCAUAUGUACUACAAGAAAAUGGUUUUGAUUCUUACUGUGUCCAUCAUCUGCUCUAUUAAAUGGAGUUAGAAUCAUU